AUGAAGCCGAUAUGGAGGACUGUAAACAAAGUAAUUGCGUUUUUAAAAUCUCCAAGCAGAAGUUUUGUUUUAUUGUUAUUCAUUGUUAACAUAUUGAGUUUUGUCGAUGCUACUGUUGCCAAGAACAAAAAGUUGGGGUGGUAAGGUUUUUUUUCAUUUUAGGCUUAAAAAUGCAUUUUAAGUUUAAAAAAUACUCUUUAACAAUUUUAGCGUUAUUAGGCUUAAGAUAUGAGCUAAUUGGUACCAAAAUACAAUUUUAGGCGUAUAAUACUAACAUUUUAAUUUUAGGCUUAAAAAUGGUCUUUUAGGAAUUUAAUUCACUUUUAAUUGUUAUUAGGCUUAAGAUAUGAGCUAAGAGGUACUACAAAACAAUUUUAGGCUUAUAAUACAAAUUUUUUAUUUUUAAGCUUAAAAUGAUGUUUAAUAGGUUUAUUAAGGUUUUUAAAUUUAUUAGGCUUAAGAUAUGAGUCCAACAGUCUCAAAAAAUAAUUUUACGCUUAUAAUACAAAUUUAUUACUCUUAGGCUUAAAAAUUAUGUAUAGUAGUUUUAUCAUGAGUUUUAACUUUAUUAGGCUUAAGAUAUGAACUAAAUAAUAUCAGAAAAAAAUUUUAGGCUGAUACUACGAAUUUUUUACUUUUAGGCUUAAAAUGAUGUAUAGUAGUUUUAUUAAGGUUUUUAACUUUAUUAGGUUUAAGGUAUGAGCUAAGUAACAUUAAAAAAUAAUUUUAGGCUUAUAAUACGAAUUUUUUACUUUUAGGCUUAAAAAUGACCCUCGAAGGAUGUAAUUAACUUUUAAUUGUUAUUAGGCUUAAGAUAUGAGCUAUGUCGUGUUAAAAUAUAAUUUUAGGCUUAAAUUGACGUAUAAUCAGUUUUUUAAAGGUUUUUAGCUUUAUUAGGCUUAAGCUAUGAAGUUAGAAACGUAAAAGAAAACAAUUUUAGGCUUAAAAUACAGAUUUUUUUAAUUUUAGGCUUAAGUUACGAGGUUAAAAAUACCAGAAAAAAAUUAUUUUUAACAUACAGAUUUUUUAUUUUUAGGCUUCAAAAUUACAAUUUUUAUGCUUAAUAUUGAUUUCUAAGCUCGUCAUCUUUUUAGGCUUAAUUACUGCGCAAAAAAUAAUUUUAAAAAUUAGUUUUAAUUACAAAUUAUUACUCUUUUAGGCUUAAAAAUGUGUUCAAAAAAUUUAAUUUCGAUUUUUUUAGCAAAAGAACAGCCUUCAACCGCAGAACCACCAAUUACUUGGCCUGGAAGGAGCAGAUGACAGCCUGUGAACUGUUAGAGAACUAUGAUCCGGCCGUUCGGCCGUUUGGUACUGUGCCACAUAUGGAGAAAAGUAAGGUUUUUUAAAAAAUUUUUAUUCUUUUGCCCUUGGGCUUUAAAUUUUUUUGUUUAUUAUUAUUUUUCGAUUCUGCUUUAUUUUUUACUAUGGUAGUAUACCUUUGUGUUACUAGUACAUUUUAUAGAUGGUCCUGUGGUGGUAGCAACAGGCAUCAACAUCCGAUCGAUCAGUGCUGUAAAUGUGCGGAAUAUGGUAAGUUUGAUGUUUUAAGGGAAGGGUAGGGUUAGGUAGGAUAAGGCAGGGUGAGGUAGAGUAAGUUAGGGCAGGAUAAGGUGAAGUAGAGUAAGAUAGGGUAUGGCAAGACGGGGCAGGGCAGAAUAAAGUUGGGUAGAAAUGAGCAGGUCAAGAACAGCCAAGCCAAGGCAAGGCCAAGGAAAGGCCAAGACUAAGGCCGGGCAGGAAAAUGAAUUUUUUGUGGUCCAAAAGUUCAUAGAAAUUUUUUUAAAGUUUAAGUAAUUUCAGGAGUACGUAGUCCAAUUCCGCUUCCAGCAACGAUGGUACGAUGAGCGGCUUCGUUUUGAUCAACGACACGAAUUUCGAAAUCUGGAGUUGAUCAACUUUGCUCAGGAUCAACAGCCUUGGAUUCCGGACACUUUUUUUCAAAAUGAACGGAAUGGGUGGUACCAUAUGUUGGAUCAGGUAUCUUUAAAAAUGGCAUUGCAAUUUUCACAUUUUUAAAAAUUUAAAAAAAUUUUUUUUUAUUUUUAAAUGGGGUAGGGGUAUGGGCAGGGCCGGGCAGGGACUUUUGGUCUGGGGGGGGUCAAAAAAAAUUUUUUUUUCUGUGAUGGUCAAGUAAGUAAAUAGAACAUUUUAAAAUUUUCAGGAAAAUCGAUUUGUAAAAGUUCGCAAAGACGGUUUAGUGACAUACGACCGACGGCUGACAUUAACUUUGUCUUGCGACAUGAAUUUGAUACGAUACCCCAUGGACACACAAGAGUGCUUCAUUGGUAUGUUAAUUCUUGAAAACUUUUAAAAAAUUUUUAUUUUUUUUGUAAAAUACGAUGAAAAACUUAUAGAAUCAAAAUUUUUUUCAGUUUUUAGGUCAAAAAAGCUUUAAAAAAUUUUUUUCCAUUGACUUUUUGACCAAAAUAUAAAGUAUUAGGUGCCGACAUAAAGAACCCGCCAUUUUUUACACUAUAUUACAUUAAAAGUAUGGCGGGUUCUUUAUGUCGGCCCUUAAUAUUUUUUUUUCUUAUAAACUUUUGGAUUGAAAUAUCGAAUAUUUUAAUUUUCUAUGAACUUUUGGACCGGUUAUUAAUUUUUUUACUCUAGAUUUUGCCAGUUAUGCCUACACGACCAAAGAUAUCAUAUACGAUUGGAGUGAGAUUGGCAUUACAUUGUCAUCAACGGCCAAUGGUGCUUUGCCCAAUUUCGAGAUUGUCAAAGUGAAAAAUGCCACUUGUGACAGUGUUACCAAUACUGGUAGGUCAAUAUUAUUGUUUUGGGGGGUGUUUUUUGAUUUUUUUUCAAUUUUGAAAAAAUUUUUUUUUGAAUUUAAAUUUUUUUUUAGUUUUUUAAAAAAUUUUUAAAUUUCAAAAUUUUAGGUACCUAUUCCUGCUUACGAGUACAACUAACCCUAAAAAGAGUGUUCUCCUUCUUCCUACUACAACUUUACAUUCCGUCAGCUAUGUUAGUCGCAGUAUCAUGGGUAUCGUACUGGAUCGACUGGAAAUCGACCGCAGCUCGUGUACCUCUAGCUAUUGUAACAUUGUUGACAAUGAUAACAACCUCCCAUGCCAUCAAUUCGAACCUACCCCCAGUUAGCUAUGCCAAGAGUAUUGAUAUCUGGAUUGGUGGCUGUGUCGUUUUCAUUUUUGCAUCUUUAAUUGAGUAUUCGUUUGUGAAUUACCUUGGUAUCUUGGAUGAGAAUAAGCAGAUGCACAAGGUUACUAUGAAUAAGACAAGGCUUUCGAAUGUGGUUGAUAGUAAUAUACAAAAUGUUGCGCCUCAGAAGAAAAAACUGUUUGGUGUUAAUGCCAAAAGGGUGAGUUACUACCCUUUCUUACAGUAUUCUACAUACUGUACCCUACUCUACCCUACCUUACCGUACCCUCUACCUUACUUUAUCUUAUACUACCUUAGCGUACCAUACCCUACCCUACCCUACCUUACCCUACCCUACCUUACCCUACCCUACCCUACCCAACCUUAUUUUUCAGAGCAUUCUCCGAAAGCGCCGGAAAAUCCAGCUGAACAUGCACUACGGUGAUUCGGACUCGGAUAUCGAGCUUCGGCGGAUGGAUGGUCCCACAUCACGUGACAUUCUCAACAAUAAUGAACCAGAUUGGACCAUGCAUGACAUUGGUGACCUAGUGUAUCAAGGGCAGCGGAAGCGGGUCGAACUAAUAAGAUGGUGCUCGCUGUUAAGCGAACGAGGUCGUGCUGAACGGAUUGACAUUAUUGCUAGGUGAGCUUUGUCUUAAUAGUUUAAAACUUUGGAGGGGGGGGUGAUUUUUUGUGAAUGGGGGUAAACUUUUUUAAACUAAAAAAAUGUUUUUUGAGGUAUUAUCACUGUUCAGCAUUAUAAAAAAGUCUUGUCGUUUUUUCCCGUGCAAAUCAGUACAAAUUGAAGACAAGACUUUUCUUAACUUUUAAAAACUCAUUUUUUUGUAAAAGGUCAUUUUAAAUUGACAUUUUUAGCAUUCUAGAUUCAAAAACUAACAAAUCUUCUUUCAGAGUGCUGUUCCCAUCAGCCUUUGUCAUGUUCAACAUUGUCUACUGGAGUGUGUACCUGGGUGAAGACCCCAACUUCCCCAGUGAUCCCAACUUCGAAAUGAGCACGGUGACACAAGUGUGA